AUGGCAUCACAACUCCUCCCGCUCGACAAGUGCAUCAACUCCCGCAUCUGGGUCAUAAUGAAAGGCGACAAGGAAUUCGCCGGCACCCUGCUAGGUUUCGACGACUAUGUCAACAUGGUGCUCGAGGAUGUGGUUGAGUUCGACUAUCAGACUGGGGGCCAGACGAGAUUGCCGAAGAUUCUGCUGAAUGGGAAUAAUAUCUGUAUGCUGAUUCCGGGGGGUGAGGGGCCGGUCUCAGGCGAGUAG